AUGCCCGUGCCGAAGGACCCGUGGAGUCCCAAGCUCGGCCAGAAGGACGGCUGGGGGCGCCUGAAGACCCCGCUGCUCACCUGUGGCGGCUUGGCGCUGGCGUUGGAGCUCCAAGCUGUGGUGCGGCAGCUGAGGGCCAACUGGCGAUUGCGCAGGAGGGGAGAAGAAGUGAAGCAUGGAGAUGAUACACAUCUUAAAGAUGGCUCACCGAAAUCCUGUCUCAGUGUUCCAGCGCCGACAGAGAGGAGAGGCUCUUACCCUUUGGUUGACAAGCACAUCGUUAAAGCCAGUGACCAGCAGAGGGAACCUGAGUGGGUCAGGAGGAGGCACAUGAAGAAUUUGCUGAGCUUCCAGAGGUUCCGCCACGCUUCGCGUCUCCUGAGGGGGUCGCUGCCUCGCACCCCUGAAUCUUUACAUCUGGUAGACUACGACUACCUGGGCCAGGCUGCGCACAUGCUGCCAAAAGUGGGCACCUGGAACUUUGACAUUUUCCUCUUUGACCGCCUCACAAACGGUAACAGCCUAGUGACGCUAAUGUGCCACCUCUUCAACCUCUACGGCCUGGUUCAACACUUCCAGCUAGACAUGGUCAAACUGCACAGGUUUUUCAGCAUGGUGCAAAGUGACUACCAUUCACAAAACCCUUACCACAAUGCCAUGCACGCUGCCGACGUCAUCCAGGCCAUGUACUGCUUCCUACGGGAGCCCAGACUAGCGGAGCAGCUGAACCCGCUGGACGUUUUCCUCGGCUUGAUGGCGGCCGCCGCCCACGACGUCGACCACCCCGGGGUCAACCAGCCUUUCCUCAUUAAGACACAACACCACCUGGCGUCGCUCUAUCAGAACAUGUCAGUACUGGAGAGUCACCACUGGAGGUCGACAGUAGGCAUGCUUCGACAGUCGCGAUUGCUGUCGCACCUCCCCGCCGACAUAUCGCAGAAAGUGGAACAGCAGCUGGGAUCGCUCAUCCUGGCCACCGACAUCAGCCGGCAGAACGAAUUCCUGCUGACCUUCAGGGCGCAUCUGGACAAGCGAGACUUGGAUCUGAAGUUGCCCUCGCAUCGACACUUUAUUCUACAGAUCGCCCUCAAGUGUGCCGACAUUUGCAAUCCGUGUCGAGUUUGGCCACUCAGCAAGCAGUGGAGCGAGAGGGUGUGCGAGGAGUUCUUCAGGCAAGGUGACCUGGAGAGGAAGUUCAACUUGGAGAUUAGCCCGCUAUGCGACCAGCAAGUCGACUCCAUUCCAGUCAUCCAGAGCGGUUUUAUCUCAUACAUCGUGGAGCCUCUUUUCGCGGAGUGGCGGCGCUUCAGCGAGCCCAGCGCCCUGAGCGGCACCAUGAUGGCCAACAUGCGGCAGAACAAGGCCCGGUGGAUCCGUCUGCUGCAAGACGGCAAAACGCGACCUCUCGAAUCGGAGGACGUCUCUUGA